UUCUGGACUUGUCAGUAACUAGUGAGUUCUUGUCGAGAAUGGAGUUGCAAUACAUUCUCACCUCUGUAAUUUUAGUUUUACUUUUUGUGUACUACUAUUUAUCAAGCCAAUACAAUUAUUGGAGAAAGAGAGGAAUACCUUCCGCAGAUGGGGUGAUUUUAGGUCUCGGAAAUAUGUGGCCCGUACUUUCUGGUCGAGUAAGCUUAUCAACGUUUUGUGAAAAUUUGUACAAAAAAGCUUCAGAUCAGAGCAUGAUCGGAUUUUAUCGUCUAAGUACCCCAAUGCUCCUGGUUCGUGAUCCCGAUCUUGUGAAAAGUAUUCUACAAACGAAUUUCUCCAGUUUUAGCGAAAAUCAGAUAAAAAUAAAUAGCUCUAAAUACGAUGAGCUUUUGCGCUUCAAUCCAUUUUUUGUAAGUGGUGAAAAAUGGAAAAAGGCCAGGGCACCUCUCACGAAUAGUUUUUCCAGUAUGAAAUUGAAAACAAUGUUUCCUCUCUUUCAAAGUGCAGCCUGUAAAAUGAGCAAGUACUUGAGAGAUAAGUGCAGUGAUGGGAAUGGAAAAGUUGAAUUAAAUUUGAAGAAAUUUUGCAACAAGUAUACCGGCGAGAUCUCAUCGACAGGAAUGGGAAUUGAGGCGUACAAUUUUGACGAUGUUCAAUGUCAAAAAAAUGAAUGGAAAUAUAACGAGAUUUUGUCGAAAAUUUUUGAAAAUUCUUCACUUGCAACUGGAAUUAGGCAAAUGAUUCUUUUCUUUAUGCCCAGUUUGGCGAAGCUUCUCAACAUCUCGUUGACGCCGAAAGAAGUGGAUCAAUUUUUUCGUCAAAGUGCCAAGAGUAUUCUCGCAAACAGAAAGAAGGAAAAUAGAACUUAUAAUGAUUUUAUGCAAAUCGUUUUAGACUAUCAGAAGACACAUGAAUCCGAAAUUGACGAGGAGACGCUGGUGGCAUCACACAUGCUGUCAUUUGCAGUAGAUGUGUAUGAGACAACUGCAGCUACCCUAAGUUUCUUGGGAUUUGAACUGGCCCAUCGGCCUGAAAUACAAGAAAACGUGCGAAAAGAAAUUGAAACCUUGUUGGUUAAGUACAAUGGUGAAUUGAACUAUGAAGCACUUCAGGAAAUGACUUAUCUGGAAAAAGUGCUUAAUGAAUCUAUGAGAAUAAAUCACGUCGUGGGAACAACUUUUAAGCUUUGUACGAAAGAAACAAAACUUGUGGGUGCUGAUGGACUGACGUGUACGGUAAAACCAGGAACUGCUAUAGUUAUUUGUGCACUUGGAAUUCAGAUGGAUGCAAAAUAUUGGCCGGAGCCUGAGAAGUUUGACCCAGAGAGAUUCAGUGAAGAACAGAAGAACAAUAGGCAGAAAUUUACUUUUCUGCCAUUUGGCGAAGGACCUAGAACAUGUGUAGGAAUGAGGAUGGCAAUACUUCUGAUAAAAGCAGCGAUAGCUACUAUUUUGAAGGAUUUUUCCAUUCAGCUUUCCCCGAAAAUGAGUUUACCUUGGAAAAGAGAUGAGACAAGCUUCUUAAAUACCCCACAAGGUGGUUUUUUGGUUCAUGUGAAACCCUUAGUUCAGAGCUUUUGAAUGAAAUUCUAUAUACAGUUUUUUAUUACAUAUAUUUCGUUUAAGAUUAAUGAAAACCAGAUGAUGACCUUUAAGUAGAAAGAAGUUGAAAUAAAACAUAAAUUUUACUUGAACAACAUUUGGCAUCGAUCAUAUUCUGGAUAAUAUGAAAACUUUUACUUCGUGUCGCUUCUAUAAAAAACAGCCUAUAGUUUUUUUUGCAAAAAUAGUUCCUAAAGAAGUUGUUUUCCUUCAAAAAUUGAUUAAAACAUUUUUUUUGUUCAGACGUAAAGAAAAAAAUUCUUUUAGUUUUUAGUAUAGAAAAAAUCUGGAUGUUGAAAGAAUAGUUCUCUUUUGAAGUCAAAAUAAAAUUGAAAAUAUUAAUAAAAUUAUAAUUUUAUCAAAUGUGACGUUUUUGAAACUAUGUUUAUUUUUUGAAAUACAAAAACCAUUCACAAAUAUAUUUUAGAAAAUGCAAUUCAGUCGAGCUUACAUCUUUUUCGUAAAGGGAAGUUAUUUUCCUGAACUGAAUCAAUAAAAAAGUGUAUAUGAAUGUAAAUAUGUAGUAAAAAAUUCCUUAUGAUUAACUUUUAUGAUAUGAGUCAGGUUUUAGUGAGCACCAAUGCGUUGUUUUAUACCAAAGUUGCAUUGUGUAGUAUGUCAAUAAAUAUCUUUUUAUAUUAUAAAUAGUCGCGACCGAAGUCGCUGUAUCAGGAAUGUACCCUUACCCCUCGCCUAUCACCUUCGCAAAUUUUUGCUGGAAUUUUUGACCUAUUAUUAUAACAUAAUAAUUACGCAUCAUACAAGUAAACAAAUCUGUUCUGCCGGAAUUAUAACUUCACUUAAUUGAGAGUUGACAUUUGAAGGAAGUCAAUGAUGGGUGUCCGUCCCGGGUGGAGGGGGGGGGGGUCUGAGGUGCGAACAUUUCGAGCGUCGGUCGGCAGCUUCAGUCUGCGCUUAGUGUGCUAAUUAUACGUUUAGAGAAAUUGGAGUCGGGUAUUCAACACCCAGUUCGUACGGAUUGUGACAAAAUCCGUUAUUUGUGAAAAUUAAAAAUUGUCUUUUUACAAGCAUUUCAUACCAGUAAGUGCAUGUUAAUUCUCAUGAGUUAUGCUAUUCUUCGCACUUUACUAGAGGAAAUGGAUAUCAGAGACGAAUUUGUUGACAAUAAAAUAGCGAAACAGAAACGCUGAAAUUUUUGUCUUAGUUCUCAUAAACAUAAAAUAUUUUACAAGUGUUUAUGGUGUGAUCAGGUCAUAUGCGAGAAGCAUGCAGCUAAAACAUCCUGCGAGUGUGCAAAUAACGCUUACUUUCGUAGUUUGAAAAAAAAAAUGUUUUUGAGCGAAUCGAAAAA